CGUCUCGAUGUAGGGCAUGCUAUGACCGCUUCAUUACUCCACUGGAUUGACCCGGUGAUGUUUCUCUACGACAACGGCUUGGAGGACAGAAGCAAGAACAUGGAAGGAUUUACUGGAGGCAAUUUUGCUGCAAACCAGUGCAGGAAUUUGUUAGCGCAUCCGACCUCGCUGGCUCCGAGCACCACCUACGCUGCGAGUGAGGUGCCAGUCUCUGGCAUGGGGGAGCCUGGAAAACAAUGCAGCCCCUGUUCCGCCACCCAGAGCUCGCCCAAUGCAUCUUUGCCUUAUGGAUAUUUUGGCAGCAGUUAUUACCCGUGUAGGAUGUCACACGGCAGCGUCAAGGCGUGCGCGCAGCCCUCUGGUUAUGGCGAUAAAUACAUGGACUCGUCGGUCUCUGCAGGCGAGGAGUUCUCCAGCAGGGCGAAGGAGUUCGCGUUUUAUCAGGGCUAUUCCUCUGGCCCCUACCAGCCCAGCUACCUGGACGUGCCUGUCGUACCUGCGCUGAGUGCUCCACCUGAGCCAAGGCACGAGUCUCUGUUGCCCAUAGAGCCCUACCAGCCAUGGGCCAUCACCAAUGGGUGGAGUGGUCAAGUUUACUGCAGCAAGGAGCAGCCGCAGUCAGAUGCUCUGUGGAAAUCUUCGUUACAAGACACUGUAUCUGGUGGAGACAGCUCUGGCCGCCGUGGGAGAAAGAAGCGCGUGCCAUACACCAAGGUGCAGCUCAAAGAACUGGAAAGGGAGUACUCCGCCAAUAAAUUCAUCACCAAGGACAAAAGGAGGAGGAUAUCCGCGCAGACAAAUCUGACAGAGAGACAAGUGACAAUCUGGUUUCAGAACAGGCGCGUAAAGGAGAAGAAAGUCGUCACUAAAUUCAAGAGCUCCAGUUAGCUCUGGAGAUACCGAGACAGGAGGGGACGGACCUUCAUCUAGAAAGCUGCGCUAUAAUUUAUUACAUUAUGAACGGUGUGUUGGUCGCCAGAGCGGCUCUAUUUUGACCUGCACGUUGCCUUCCUCUCAUUUUAAUUGGAACCAGUCGAUGCGGCCUGUUGACAGAAGAUCGGAAAUGGGUUCCGCCAUGUUGACCAAGGCGAUUCUGCGAGGGAUGCAUGAUCUCCUUAAAACUAUUUGCUAAUAAGACUUAAAGGCGAGAGACACUUCGAGCAACUCUGUGCUUUUAUUCCACUUAAUACAAUCAAGAAAAGAAGACGGACAUAUUUUACAAUACAUCUCGUAUUUCGAUGCAAGAUGGCUAAACUGGCACAUUUAAAAUACCUUCACAAUGCAAUCAGGCAAAAUGGAACCAAAAACUAUUUUUAUACACACACACAAACACACAUACGCACACAUACAUACACGCACACGUACACAGACAGACAGACAGACAGAUAUACACACACACACACAAUAUGUCCUUGGAGAUGCAAUAGCGGCCUACAACACUUCAUAAUUGAAUUAUUUGCAUGAACUCAUUACAUUCGAAGCCUGUUCCUUUAGAAUGAACCUGUGUUAAUGUGUUAAUGAGACCGUAUCUUAUUCAAAAGUUGUACAACUUUAAACUCCUGAGCAUGUAAAUAUGUGUUUUCCACACUGUGUCCAUGUCACUGUCUUUUUUCUCUAAACACAGGGUUUUGCUCUACUGUUAAUAGACUGACCGUUGCAAUGUCCGUCUGUCAGUCAAAAAGAGUACCGAAAAUGUAAGCAUAUUUAAACAUGUACAUACUAUCUGACUGCAACUAUCUAUUCCCCAUUUUUUGACUGCAAUAGCCAAUGUUUUUUUGACAAUAAAUGUUUGAGAGACGCA